AUGUGCAUGCAGGCGAACAGGCGCAGCAGCAACGCGAAGGAAAAGUGCGCCAGCGACCUGGACAGGGCGAUAAACACGACAACGCAAAUGAUCUCUCGGGAAUGCCUACCGCACACGGAAGAGCUAUACAAAUGCUUUAAGCAUUCAUUUCGCCUGAGCUUCUGCGAUAAGGGCGUUAUUGAAAGGUUAAAAAAUUGCCAAUCGGAUGUUUACAAGAUGAUAACGUCGUGA